UGUAACUAAGACAAAUAAACAUAAACAUGUUUGAGAUUAACCAACAGAAUGGAGGCUAGGGUUUUGAUAAAAAUUGAUAUUCGAGGGUUUUGAGUGUGCAAGCUUUUGUAAAGAAAAUAUGGAGGGGCUGGGUUAUGAGCGAGCGUAGAAGACGGAGCGCCACCGCGACCGCAUGAAGCGGCAGGCGGUGUGGGUUCCGAGACGCCACAAUUACAGUGGUGGUGUGAAAACGAAGGGAGAAAGAGGGGAAUUUGUUGGGCCUUGAGUGUAUGUUGUGUGUGUGUGUUUUUGCAGCUGAUGAAAUGAAUCAUCGCCACCUCCGACGGUGGCGACUUAGUGGAGGCGAGAUUAGAGAGAGACGGGUGAGGGUAGAGGUUUGUGUUGCUCGAGAGGAGAGAAAACGAGGCAGAGAAAGAGAGGAAGAGAAAAUCAUAGGAGAGUUCCAAAUAGCCUACUUAACUACAUACACUACAAGAAUUCUUCAUUUUGCCAACAGAAUUUAACAACAGAUAUCAUUCUGUUAGCCGUUACUAACAAAUUGCUAACGGAAUCAAAAAUUUUGAGAAGCCAACCCAAUACUAACAGAUGCCCAAUAAAAAACCGACAGAUAUUUGCUAAUGAAAUAUUUUGUUGGUAAAAUCGGCGGCAAAAGUGCCCGCGCCAAACUGCCAACAGAAAUGCUAAUGAAUUGCCAUCAAAUUUUUGUUUACGAACUAGUAAUAGAAUAACAACUAAUUUGUAACGAAAUGCCAACGCUAUACCAAUGGAAACUACAAAAUAGUUUCCGUCACUAUUCUGUCACUAAUUCGUUAUAAAUGCAGAUCGGUUAAAAGUUAUAUCCGUUGCUAGUCUGUUGGUAAAUGUAAUAACUGCAUUUAUUACGAGCGACCUACCUUCUCAACCUACCUUCACGAACAAAAUUUCAAAGCUACUUUCCAUCCAUUUCUUCUUCUCAUCUGAUAAAAACAUUCAAGAGCUCCUUUUCUCAAACAUUCUAACAUAUAUCGAAGGCCGAUUUAUUUGCAAUAUAUUAAGGUUACUUAUAAGAAGUCCAACAUGAACAAUGAUCGAGUUUGGAUGUAUCAAAGGAAGGAUAGUCGAGGACAUUUAACUCGAGAUUUUAUAAAUGGGUUGGAAAAUUUUAUGCGAUAUGUUAUAUCUCGAGAAGAGUCCAUGAAUGGGACAAAUGUUCAGUGUCCAUGUUUCAAGUGUGAGAAUCGCAAAUUCUGGAAUGCAGAGACGGUGAAACUGCACUUAAUGAAGAAAGGGUUUGUAAGAGAUUAUUAUGUGUGGGAUCGACAUGGAGAGCCAUAUGUUGCUAGACAAAGUGGAGAACAAUCAUCCACAUAUUACUCCAAUUCCCAAGGUGGAAGAGAUGAUGACAACCUAAUGUACAAUAUGGUGAUGGAUGCUGCUGGUCCGAGUUUUGAUCCGGAGAUUCCAAAUGCAGAGGCACAAAAGUUAUAUGAUAUUCUAAAGUCAUCUGAGAGAGAAUUAUAUGAAGGUUGUGAAACAUCUCAGUUGUCUGCCAUGGCGCAGAUGUUGUGUUUGAAAUCUGAUCAUCAUUGGUCAGAGACAUGUUAUGAUCAGACGUCACAGUUCUUCAAAAGCAUCUUGCCUGAAGAUAACACGUUUCUUGAUAGCUUUUAUAGUACGAAGAAGUACAUGGAAGAACUGGGGCUUCCUUCCGAGCAGAUUGAUUGUUGUGUUAAUGGAUGCAUGAUAUACUGGGGUGAAGACAUCAACAUGGAGUCUUGUAAAUUUUGUUCGCAUGCGAGAUACAAAACAAGACUUAACAAAGCCAAGAAGGAGAGAAAGAAAGUGCCUGUUAGAAGGAUGAUCUAUUUUCCAUUAGCACCGAGAUUGCAAAGGUUAUAUGCUUCGCCUACGACAGCAAAGCAUAUGAGAUGGCAUGCUGAACAUGAUGAAGAAGAAGGUGUGAUGCGUCAUUGUUCGGAUUCGCAGGAGUGGAAACAAUUUGAUAGAGCACAUCCCUCAUUUUCCUCAGAGACGAGAAAUGUUAGACUGGGACUUUCUGCUGAUGGGUUUCAACCAUUUGGUGCAACUGGUAAAUCAUAUUCUUCUUGGCCAAUUAUAGUAACUCCAUACAAUUUGCCUCCGUGGAUGUGCUCAAAAGAACAGUACUUAUUUCUGUCCGUACUUGUGCCCGGACCAAAAAAUCCAAAACAAAAGAUAGAUGUUUUUCUUCAACCAUUGAUUGCUGAGUUGAGAAUGUUAUGGGAAGUUGGUGUGGAGACUUGGGAUAAUUCUUUGAAACAAAAUUUUCGUAUGCGAGCUGCUUUGAUGUGGACUGUUAGUGACUUCCCUGCUUAUUCAAUGUUGUCUGGAUGGAAAACUGCUGGUCAUUUAGCUUGUCCCCAUUGUGCUCAUGAUCAUGAUGCAUAUAGCCUUUCACAUGGUGGAAAAACUACAUGGUUUGAUAAUCAUCGAAAGUUUUUACCGGCCAAUCAUCCAUUUCGAAAGAAUAAAAACUGGUUUACAAAGGGAAAGAUAGUCACUGAAUCUGCCCCACCAGUCCGAACAGGUGAAGAUGUGUUUCAAGAAAUAGAAUCACUUGGUUUGAUGAAAGUUACUGAAUUGGGAAGUGAAGAGCACAAUGCUAGAGUCAUUAAAACUUACAAUUGUGGAUGGAAAAAAAGAAGCAUCUUUUGGGAUUUACCAUAUUGGAGGACACUAUCAAUUAGACAUAAUCUUGAUGUUAUGCAUAUUGAGAAAAAUGUCUUUGAAAGUAUCUUCAACACUAUCAUGGCCAUUGAAGGUAAAACCAAAGAUAAUUCGAAGGCAAGAGAUGAUAUCGCAAUGAUUUGUCGAAGACCCGAGUUAGCAAUUGAUGAAUUGACACGAAAGUAUCCGAAAGCAUGUUAUAGUUUGGACAAGAAACAAAAACAAAAAACACUAUCAGCUCCCUUUUGCGUGUUGUAUUCUUUUAAUUUUAAGGAUUUCGGUCUAGUUCUAUUACUAUGGAUUACAAAAAAAAAUUGUUGGCGGGUGCAGGAAACAUUCCUGAAACUUUGUGAGCUGCAUGAGAAAGCUGGAGAGCCUGUUGAUAGAAACAAAAUAUUUCUUCAGGCAGCUGGUGGUGUUGACAAGAAAAAGAGGGUGUAUGGAGUUGGUUCAUCGCAAUCUCUCUUUUAUAAGCCAGAGAUUCCUUGUUGUCCAUCCUUUGGUGCCGAUGCAGAAAAUCAGAAGUUGCAUGAAGAACUAAAUGCGAUGAAGGAUAAGAUGAAAGCAAUGGAGGAUCAAAUAGCCAAAAUUAUGAAGGCUACUUCUGCCCAAGUAUUUCAGCCCCCAACUAUGGAUUCAGAUGGCGAGAAUAGCGAUUCAGAUGGCGAGAAUGUUGACGAGUAACCAAUUUUAAUGGUGAAUUUAGUAUAUAUUAAUUAUUUAGAAUGGUGAAUCUAUGUUCAUUGUAAGACACUAAUAUAGCAGUUGUGCUGCAAUGAGAACAUCAUUUAGCUAUGGUCAUAUUAGUAUUAGCUAGUUUAAAAGCCUAGUUAGUAAUUGAAGGCUCCUUUUGGAUAUAUGGUACUUGGAUGCCGUUAGUAUUUAUC